AUGGCUCCUGGUAUCAAUAUUGCCUCCUGCGCUCCGAGAGUAAGAGCGGAGUGCCUAGAUCGGAACGUACGAUCCAGAUCUCACGGCCUACCUAGCUUCUCCCAGCCGGUUCCCGCCAAAUCCAGCCAGUCGUUAUCUCUGAUUAACGCUGGCGCUCGGGCACAGUCACCUAUUCCCGCGCUUUCCUCGCGACGCCUCGAUCAGGACCAACCAGACGCCGCUACGUUGUCAUCCGUCCGAGCCGCGUCGGCGCUGCAAUCACUCGACGCGCCGCUCGCCGAGACACCAGAUGCGUUGCCGCCAGAAGUGCCGUACACUGUAGUCAUGAAGUUUGGCGGCUCGUCGGUGGCGAACGCGGCGCGCAUGAGGGAGGUGGCAGAUCUGAUUCUGUCAUUCCCAGAGGAGAAUCCGAUCAUCGUCAUGUCCGCCAUGGGGAAAACGACAAACAACCUGAUCAAGGUAGGCGAGAGGGCGCUGACGUGCGGGUCCACCAAGUGCGCGGCGAUCGACGAGCUGCGAGUAAUCAGAGAGCUCCACGUGUCCACCAUGGAGGAGCUCGGCGUCGAUUGCGCUGAGGUGCAUGAACUGAUGCACGAGCUGCAGCAGCUAGUAACGGGGAUAGCGCUCAUGCGCGAGCUGACCCCGCGCUCCUCGGAUUACCUCGUGUCGUUCGGCGAGCGCUGCUCCACGCGCAUCUUCGCUGCCUACCUCAACUCCUUGGGAGUGCCCUCCAAGCAGUUCGACGCGUUCCACAUGGGCGUGAUCACCACGGACGAGUUCACCAACGCGGACGUGCUGGAAGAGACCUACCCCGCCGUGGCGGAAUCCCUCCUCUCCGCCUACGAUGCUCACCGGGAAAGUGCUGCUGCCAGUGGGGAUGACAGCAGCAGCAGGGCGUUCAUUCCGGUGGUCACGGGCUUUCUUGGCAGGGGCAAGAAGACGGGAGCGACAACGACGCUGGGCCGCGGAGGCAGCGACCUGACGGCGACCAUCAUAGGGCGAGCGCUGGGGCUGCGGGAGGUGCAGGUGUGGAAGGACGUGGACGGCGUUCUCACCUGCGACCCGAACCUUUACCGUUCCGCCAUUCCUGUGCCCUUCCUCACCUUCGAGGAAGCUUCUGAGCUGGCUUACUUUGGAGCGCAGGUGCUGCAUCCGCAGAGCAUGCGGCCGGCGCGGGAAGGGAAUAUCCCUGUGAGGGUGAAGAACUCGUAUAAUCGCAUCGCUCCUGGAACGUUGAUUACCCAAGAGAGGGAUUUGUCGUCGGCGCUCCUGACCAGUAUCGUGGUGAAGCGUGGGGUCACGCUGCUGGAUCUGGUCAGCCUGAGGAUGCUCGGGCAGUUUGGGUUCCUCGCGAAAGUUUUUGCGAUUUUUGAGGCGCAGGGGAUUUCGGUGGAUGUGGUGGCGACGAGUGAGGUGAGCCUGUCGCUGACGCUGGACCCUGCGAAGCUGUGGUCGCGGGAGCUCAUUCAGCAGGAGCUGGAUAAGAUGGUGGAGGAGCUUGAAAGAGUGGCGGUGGUGAAGUUAUUGCAGCGACGGUCGAUUAUUAGUCUGAUUGGGAACGUGUCCCGGUCGUCGGUGAUUCUGGAGAAGGUGUUUGGCGUGUUCAGACGAAACGGGACAAAUGUGCAGAUGAUCUCGCAGGGAGCUUCCAAGGUGAACAUUGCGUUGGUAGUGGACGACGAUGAAGCCACGGAGCUGGGAAUUUGCGAACUUUGGCGCAUCACGUCACGUGUUGCCAGCAACACAGUCGCGCCGUUGACAUCAUCGUCCACGCACCUAUUCUCCGACAUGGCUGCCGUGUCCGCUGUCUCCGCCGUUUCUACCGUCUUCGUGGUUUCCGGCAUGUUCGACGUGGCUACGACUAAUUCUGCUGUGCGUGCCACCACAUACAACGGUCCCAUAUUUUUUACGCUAGACACCGGUCGUCCGCUGAGCAACAGCCAUCGCGAGCAACGAAGCGCCGUCCCCCCUGCUGCUUGCGCAGCUCCUUCCGCCCUUGCGCCUGUUAAUCCUCGAUCUGCACGGAAGGCCAGCCGCCCACCAGUGGUGGCAGCAGCAGCCACAGCAGAGGCGCAGACAGAGGAGGUGCCGGUGCCGGUGGUGGUGAUAGACAACCACUCGGAGGCCAAUGCGACGGUGGUGCAGCUCGAGUUUGGCGACCGGCUGGGGGCGCUCAUGGACACCAUGGCGGCACUGCGCAGUCUGGGGCUGAACGUGGUGAAGGGGCGCGUGACCACAGUAGGCAGCGUUGCUCGCAACACCUUCACCAUCACGCAGGAGGGUGGCAAGGUGGAGAGUGCGGAGAUGAUAGAGGCCAUUCGAGGCACCAUCAUCGCCAACCUCCUCAAGUACCACCCCGAGUCUGGCUCGCAGCUGGCCAUGGGCCUCACAUGCGACUCGCCUCCUUGCAAUGCGAGCGUGCCAACGCGCAUGGCGCUCACGCCCCUCCCUGACAACAGUGGCAGCGAGCUGAGGGUGGAGGCAGCAGACCGGCCCGGGCUGCUGAUGGAGAUUGUGGAUGUGCUGACUGGGAUGUCCGUCAGUGUGACGUCAGCAGAGAUCGAUACCGAGGGCGUGGUGGCAAAGGAUGUGUUCACAGUGUCGUACCAUGGGGGACCACUGGAUGAUGAGAUGACCACGCUCACCCUCAACGCCCUCAACUACACUCUCUCACGGCCAGACAUCGAAGCAGAGGAGAGCUACUAG